AUGACAGCGAACUUGAUGUACACCAUUGUCAGCGGCGACAGAAAGAUUGAUGGUUAUGGUGAUGGUGGUGGUGGUGGUGGUGGGGAUGGCGAUGGCGAUGGCGAUGGCGAUGGCGAUGGCGAUGGUGAUGGUGAUGGUGAUGAUGGUGAUGGUGAUGGUGAUGACGGUGAUAGCGAUGGUGAUGACGGUGAUGAUGGUGUUGGUGGUUGUGGUGAUGAUGAUGAUCAUCAUCAUGAUGAUCAUGAUGAUGAUGGUGGUGGUGGUGAUGGUGAUGAUGAUGAUGAUGAUGGUUGUGAUGGUGGUGAUGAUGGUGAUGAUGAUGAUGGUGAUGAUGAUGAUGAUGAUGAUGAUGAUGAUGAUGUUGUUAUGAUGGAUUGGGAUUCAGAACACGAAGGUAACACAGACCCAUUUUUUGGUUUACGCGAGCCUUUCUCUGGUCUUAAUGAGAUGGAUUUUGAGCUUCAUGGCAUCUACAUGGAUCAUGAACCAGACGAAGAGUUCAUUACUCCACUGGACAAGUGUAAGGAUGCAUUUCUUAAUGUGUUACUAAGUGAUGAAAAUAUUAGAAACUCUAGUUUGACUAAUGAUGUAAGAGCACAAGUGUAUCAUCGUGGUGACUUGCAAAGUGAUGAAGAGGAAGAAGAGCAAGAACAGGUGAUAAACAAGUACAUAUUACAUGAUCCAAAAACAAGAUGGGACAAAAUGGAACCAAAACUUGGUGACAUUUUUGAGAAUGUUACACAACUGAAGUUUUGUAUCCAAAACUACGCAGUCCACAAUGGGUAUCAACUCUACUUUGAGAAGUGUGACAGUACAAGAAUAGUUGUAAGAUGUGGGAAAAGAAAUGAGGAUAAUUGUUGCCCUUUUUAG